AUGGCCCAACCAGUUGUUGAACGGUUACGAACGACGGAUACGCUUGAGAAUAUCCAUCAUCGAGGAGACUUGCCUGUUGCUGCCUCUCAGUCCCUCGCUUUAUCGGCUAGUGAAGACGAUGCUGCGAUUCGGCAAAAGUAUCGCCCAUUUAUCCUCGAUCAUACAACAGAACGGGACUGGAUCAGUGAUCUGGAACUGACGACUGCCCUGAAAAUAGCCGAGAACGACCUAAAGAAUACCAACCAGAGACUCAAGGUCCUAGUACUGUACGGGAGUCUACGCAAAAGAUCAUACUCACGACUUGUGGCGUUUGAAGCAUGUCGCAUCCUCUUCCGACUUGGUUGUGAUGUCCGCGUUUUCGACCCGGAGGGACUCCCCGUGAAAAACGACGUCGACCACGGUCACCCCAAGGUUCAGGAGCUCCGUGGACUUAGUCAGUGGAGCGAUGGGCAUAUCUGGGUCUCGCCGGAGCAGCACGGUAACCUGACCGCAGUCUUCAAGAACCAGAUAGACUGGAUCCCCCUUAGUACCGGUAGUAUCCGCCCCACCCAGGGCCGUACAUUGGCUAUUGCCCAAGUCUGCGGUGGAUCGCAAUCAUUCAAUGCGGUCAAUUCUUUGCGUAUCCUCGGUCGGUGGAUGCGUAUGUUUACCAUCCCAAAUCAGUCCUCCAUCCCGAAGGCAUACACCCAGUUUCCAGAUGAAGGUCAGCCGGGAGACCAGAGGCUUAUGCCCAGUGGCAACCGGGACCGUUUAGUGGAUUGUAUGGAGGAAUUCGUGAAGUACACGAUCCUGAUGAGACCUCAUAUGGAGCUCUUUGGGGAUCGCUUCAGUGAGAGGGAAGAGAAGAGAGUGAAAGAGGAAAAGUUAAAGGCAGCUGCAUCCAUGUAG